AUGGAAACUAAGAAGGAAAACAAGCCGGACGCCGACGCGGAGUGCGCCGCGCCUGCCGGCUUUGGCGGCCAUGAGGCCUCUCGCCCAGAAGAUGAAGAGACGGAAAACAAGAAGAGCAAAGUCUCGGGCACCGAGUCCGCCCGUGCAUGUCCGACUAGUCCUUUGCCAAGAGACGAACGCGAGCCGUCGACGUCCGAGUCCUCCUGUUUCUAUCCCCCUGCUGUCUCCGCAUGUUCUUCGAUUCACAGUCGGUGUGCGUCGACCGCUGCUGUCUCGUCUUCAACGUGGUAUUCCUCUGCAGCUGCGCGCCCUGUCCUGAAAUUUCAGCCUUUCACUCUGAGCAUCGAUAUCUCUUUUUGGCAGAAACUGGAAGAAAAGAAACUGCGAGAAUGGCGCCUGCAGACGCCGUGGGUCCCUCUGUUGGCUGUCUCGACACCGAAGCACUGCAUGGUGCGAGCGCCUCGUCGGGCGGAGUCUCUCCCUGAGGGAGGACAGGAGUGGAGAAGAGAGAAAGCCGUCUCUGCGGCGACGGGUUCUCUCUCUCCCGCGCUCCUUCGACUGGAUCAGACAGCGUUCGAUUCGCCGUCGCUCUGUUCCGUCCUCCCUUCUUCCUGCGCCUCCUCAGCGUUCGCCUCUCCUCCCUGUUUCACUGGAGAUGUCCCUCUCCUCGGCUUCUUGUACAACUGCAAUUCUCUUGAGCAGUUCAAAGCCUUCAAUCGCCAGGCGGCCAUCUCUCAGGUUCUACAGGCUCCACUCCUCUCCACAGACGCCUGUCCUCCGUCUGCCUCUUGCUCUCGGUCUUCUCCUUCGUCUCGGCCUCCCUCUUCUUCCGUGGUGCGGCAAGACACGCGCCUCAGAGAAGAAGCGGAAACUGCGUCUGCAUGCAGGGCCUCGCUCGGCCUCCUUCAGCUUCCUGUCUACGAAGAUUCUUUCUGGAAGUUCCCUCCUGCAUGUUCGCUGCCUCAACCGAGCGUUAGUCCGGCCGCGGACCCGGCAUCCGCGCCUUGUCAGUCUUCCUCUUCGCUUGCGUCUCCGUCUUCGACUGCGUCUCCGUCUUCGUCUGCGUUUCCUGCGCCUCCCGAGAGCCUGCACGCACCGUGGCGGGCAGAGAGUAUGUACAGCGCGUUGCCGCCCGUCGCCUUGGCGUGCCGAUUUCUCCUCAUCACUUUCAUUGAUCUGAAGGCCUUCGUCGCCUUCUACUCCGUGGCUCUUCCGGCAGUGCGGCCGGGUGCAGACUUCACCCUGCUGCGUCCCCCCCGUAGUGUCCUGUCUUGCUCGAUCUGUCGAAAAGAGAGAAACAAAGAAACACAAGGAAACUCUGCUCUCGAGGCUAGCGAAGGAACGGAAGCGAAAGACGAAAGACGAAGACAGACGAGGAGAGAGAAGGGAGAGGAGAUGAGAGAGAAUGUGAGAGAGAGGGGAGAAGAAGCGAGAAAGAAGAGAGAAGAAGAGCAAAAGGGAGACACCUCCGACGAAGAAAGAGAGGGCGUUCAUACGCGUCCUGCUUCUCUUCCUUCCAUGACGGAGGACAGACUCAACAGAGCGCGAGGCGAAGAUAAGGAAAGAAACCGAAUUCAUUCAGAAGGCGAUAAAAGUGGAGAAACAAGAAGCGACCAAGAUGGCGACGAAAGCUGUUUCACUUUCGAUGAAAUGGUGUCACUCUCAAGGUGUAUUUACACUCUGGACUCCGGAACUGCCCUCUGGCUUCGAGGCGGCGUGUUUCUUCUUCUGAAAAAGGCCAACAGCGAAAAAAGAGAGGAGAGAGAAGAGGCGGCAAGAGGCGAGAGCGAAGGAGAAAGAGAGGAAGCGAGUGAGCGGCCGUAUCUCCUUCUUCCAUUGACGGCGCUUGAGCUUCUGGGUCCACUCUUACCGGACAUCUCUGCGUGCGAGAGCGGUAACGCGUCCGCUUCUCGUUUGCUCUUGUCUUCCUCGCAUCUCUCCGCGCUCUUGUCCUAUCUUCCUGGACGCGACUCCGGUUCCUCUCCGUCCUGGGCGAAGAGUCGAACCCCCGCAUCUCUGCUUUCGCCGGGUGUAUGUACACUGUAUCUCUGCUACCUAGACCCGAGCGGCGCACCAGACGCUGUCGGGUGGCCUCUGCGCAAUCUUCUCCUUAUUCUGUCUGUUCGGUUUUCUCUCUACAACAAGGUCCUUUCUCUCUUAUCCUUCCGCGACCUCCUGCUCCAUCGCAUGCUCGCCUCUUCCGAGUCUCUGAUGCCUCACAAGGAAAGCGGACGACCAGCUUCUUCUGCCACGGCAGUGCCCCUUUUUGCCGACGACCAUCUCAGCAAAACGCAUGCGGCGCCGUCUCUUCAAACUCUUGUUUUCCACGUCACCAUUCCUCCCCAACGCGCUUUCGUUGGAGCUCUCUCUGAUCCCCUCCAUCCAUCUAUGCCACUGUGUUCUUCGUGGUCGUCUUCCUCUCCAUGUUCUUCGUCUCCUUCGUCUGACUCUGUCUCUUCGGUUUCUCCAGUCCGAGGCGUGGAUCGACAGGUUGCGGGUGGGCCCGAGUCCGAAGGCGGCCGCGCGGGGUCUCCUUCGUGUCUGCAGGAAGAACGUCAGACUCGUCUCUGCCCCACCGUCGUCUCUGGCUGGCUUCGCCUCUCGUCGGCUAGCCCCUCGGAGGCCACCCACAGAGUCGCGUCUUCCCCUGCGUCCUCCACUGUUUUUGGCGUUGCUUUGCGACGCUACUUGGACGGAAAAGUGAUUCAGCGAGACGCAGUGGAGCUCAAUGUACAGCUAAUUCGCUGGCGGAUUUUGCCUUCUUUCGAGCCCCGUCGAAUUCAAGAUCUUCGCGUUCUUCUUCUCGGCGCUGGAACCCUCGGCUGCGGUGUCGCUCGUCUCCUCGUUGCUUGGGGAGUUAGGGAAUUUACCUUCGUGGAUUCGAGCUGCGUCGCGCUCUCAAACCCAGCCCGACAGUCUCUGUACACCUACGAGGACGCUGUGUCUCAGGGAACAGAAGCUGGAAACAGCGGAGGGGUGAAAAAAGUCGACGCAGCCUGCCGGCGCCUCUUGGCCAUCCGACCAGAUUUGCGGUGUCGCGGCGUCGACCUGGAAAUCCCCAUGCCAGGACAUCCACGCUUCGGGGACGAAGCUGCGCUGCCUGGCAGGCGGAGUCUGGAAGAGGCGCAUGAUCUCCUUUCCUCUUUGAUCGACGAACACGAUGUCGUCAUGAUGCUGACAGACUCGAAAGAGUCGCGCUGGCUCCCUUCGCUUCUCGUUGCCGACAAGUCGCUCGAGGCGAGACGGGGAGCGCCUCUGGGGAUGGCAGUUGGGCUCGGCUUCGAUUCCAUGGUGGUCAUGCGACAGGGAUGUGGAGGUAACGAGUUAGGUUGCUAUUUCUGCAACGCUAUCUCAGCUCCAGCGGACUCUAUGAGCAACAGAUCCCUCGACCAGCAGUGCACCGUGACGCGACCAGGCAUCAGCUGCUUAGCAUGCAGCGUCGCUGUCGAGCUUCUCGCUGCGUUGACCCAACACCCCCAGGGCUUUGCAGCGCCUCAUAUUCCAUCUGAUCCUCUCGCGUCUUCUCAUUCUUCUUCCUUUCUUUCUUCGUCCUCCCAGUCUUCUUCCUCUUCUUCGGUGGCUGCCGCUGAUGCUGGGUCGUCUACGUCAAGAGUAGGCGGAGCAAGGCAGGGCAAGGAGACAAGACCAAGCGAAGCAAAGAGACAGGCGGAUGGCUUUUCCUGCAUGGGAGCCACGCCUCACACUGUGCGAGGCUAUUUCUCGAGCUUCCGGAUGUUGUCUUUGGUGUCGGAGAGAAGCCCUCAGUGCGUCUGUUGCUCGGACGCCAUUCUCGCAAGGUACCGCGCGAAUCGUCUCCAGUUUCUGCAGGAAGUGAUUGCCAGUUCGUCCGUGCUCGAGAAAUACUCUGGUCUGGAAGACAUGCAGAGACAAAUUGAGGCGCGGGGCGAGGACGCUGACGUCAUCUGCCUCAGCGAUGAAGAAGAAACAGAGAAAGAAGAAGGCUCGGACAAGGAAGAGGAUGCAGCAGAGACCAAGUGAGGAGGGUGUGAAGGUGGAGAAACACUCUCAAGAGGAAGAGGAGACUCUGAACGAUUCUCAGCUUAUGGCACUGAAGAGGACCGUGGGAUCGAAGGAGCGACGCAGGGGACGAAGGCAUGGGGGACUCGAAUGACACCUGGUGGCUUUUUUCACCCGUUGCCGAGACGCUUUGACCUAAGACAGAACGCUUCGUUGUCCUGCAAGGAAAGCACGCAGUUGACUAUUUCUCUGCUGCCGUCGCCGCCUGUACAUGCGCGUCUUUCUCUCUCUCUCCCUCCUCUGUUUUCUCGGUAUGUUCUUGUACCUCGCCACAGAGUCUGUUCUCUGCAUCUGCCUCGCACACUCUCCCGGCUUCUUCAAGUCUCGGCCCUUCUCAAGAGCUGACGAUGGAGAGAUUUUCUUCCCCGUUUGCGUUCGUGCUGUUUCUGUUUUUCUGGCGCAAUCGUCAGCGCC